UCCAGAUGAACCUAUUCAUAUCGAUCAUCAACGUGGGAAUUAAAUUCAGCAAAAAGGAGAAGUAUGACGACAACGCUCUUGCUGUCAAGUUCCAGGAUUUUUGUAAAGAGAGGGAGCAGUACUUGUGUGAGAAGGCCAUCAGAAGAAUCACAUUCUUAGUCUACUGUAGGAGAAGUUCCCCAAAAUAUUUCACAUAUCGUGCCAAAUUUGAUACUGUGAUAUUUUAAAAAUCACAAUUGGUGAGGACAGGAUUUACCGACAUUUAGAGCCCGCCCUGGCCUUCCAGCUGGAGAUCAACAGACUGAGGAACUUUGACCUGGAGGCAAUUCAGACCAACAACUACAAGAUGCAUCUAUACCUGGGAAAAGCUAAGGUGGCAACAGGACAGGAAGUGACGGAUUACAGAUUCUUUGUGAGAGUCAUCAUCAGGCACUCCGACCUCGUCACCAAGGAGGCCUCUUUUGAGUACCUACAAAAUGAAGCAGAGAGAACCCUCCUGGAGACUUUGGAUUCAUUAGAAGUGGCAUUCUCCCAUCCACUGUCCAAGAAGACUGACUGUAACCAUAUAUUCCUGAAUUUUGCACCAACUCUGACCAUUCCAGAACCAGGCAAGCUGGAGGAGACAGUCAGAGCCAUGGCGAUGAGAUACGGCAGUCGUCUCAUGAAGAUUAGAGUUCUCAUUGCAGAGCUCAAAUUCACUAUAAAGUUUGCAUGCAGUGAUACAAGCAUUCCUAUUCGUCUGUUCUUGACCAAUGAGAGUGGAUAUUACUUGGACAUGAGCAUAUAUAGGGAGGUCACAGAUCCAAAUAUGGGACAAAGCUGGAGGGAAUCUGCAGCUCGACCAGCUGAGCUAUCCGGGUCAGUGGUUACCUCCCUUACCUCGAGGCCAUCUUUGCAGAGGAGUUCCGCCAUCCCCUCCCUAGCCCAAAUGAACUCAUCCCCAAUGGCACAUGUACGGGACAUUGCAAAUGAGUUCUCUGUAUGUGUCGCCGGCAGGAAGGGUGUCUCACCCACCCCCGAGUACAGGGCAUUAUUGUACAUGCCAUCUCACUGUACGGGGAUGGCAUGUGGGGAGUCACUUCCCUUAGAGUAUUGA